AUGAUUGCAACAAAAAUUUACCUUGACAAUGCAGAUGUUCUCGCGUACUUCGCAGUGAAAAAUUUCGAUGUCACCGUCAAUUCGAUGGCGGACGAGCGUACAGCGUCAACGAUGAAUUGGUUGAACUCCGCGUUACGAAGCUCCCUCAAAAGUUCUACCAUUGUCAGUCAGGUUCAAGUUCGGCAGUGGGCUUUGAUGGAUCCUGAACGUACCAAAAGGCCUCCCUCAAAACCAACAGUUAAGUUUCGUGACUUGGACAGUACUCUUUUCGAUGUCGAUCUCGAUAGCAACGACUCGGGGGACAAUUGGUUGGAGGAGAGCGAGGACCCAGAGAUUGAGCGUGAUCCAAUGUACAGGUCUUGUGACACGAGAGUAUUUGUGGGUAGCGAGGAUGCUCAUCUUGAUGCUCCUCGAUUGUUGGACUUACUAUCAGAGAAGCCGGUGGAAGGGGCAAGUAGGACACCUCAACUACAGGAUAGCACAGUUCCAACGCCUCCGGGAGGGCCUGUACAGUGGGCAUUUGCAUUACCGUAG